CUUCCCAAAAAGCCCGUGGGGAAUCCUGCUUGAAUCUGGUACAUAAGGAUCAGGGGCACUGACCGAUUUUUAAAAAUUAGCCCCAAUAAGCAGUUACUAAGGACUCCCUAGGUGCCGGGCACAGCUCUAAGGGCAGGCGCUGGAACUGAGAGCCUGGGAAAGGCUUCCUCUACAGGGCGCUUUUUAGUUGGGACUUAGUGGAAAGCAGAGUGAGUAACUGGACCACAGGAUGGGGAGCGCUCCAGGUAAGAGGAACAGCUAGAGAAAACGCCUGGAGCCGAGGGGGGGGCGCCCCGCUCACGGAACAGCCAGGAGGGCACUGGAUGGAAGGGCAUCGGAGCGCGCAGCAGGAAGGGUAAUGCAGAGCACGCUAGGGGGUGAAGCGUCUCUCGCCCCCUAGUGGAGCUUGCGAAAAGACGCGCGGUGUUCUUCCUCCAAUGGCGGGUCCCGGAGCACGCAGCCGCAGUACUACUACAAACACCCGGAGACCGGAACGUCUGCGCUGGGGUGGAGGUGGCCCCGGCGCUAGGGGAAGGGAAACGCGACGGCCCCAGACGCCGUCGAAUCAUCCCAAGAUGGCGGCGGCCUCUAACGUCUACGCUUUCCGGGACGCUCGCGCAGUACCGGACCCGGUCCUGGAGCCUCCCCCGGCCGUGCGAGUACCGCACCCGGUGCCGCUUGUGAUAGACAACGGCUCGUUCCAAGCGCGCGUGGGUUGGGCCUGCCCGGGCGCUGAGCCCGAUCCGCGCCUGCUGUUCCGCUCCGUGUGCGCGCGCAGCCGCGGGGCCGCGCGCGGCGGCGGCGCGCAGGUGGGCAACGACCUGGGCAGCCUGGAGCCGCUGCGCUGGUUGCUGCGCUCGCCCUUCGACCGUAAUGUGCCGGUCAACCUGGAGUUACAGGAGCUGCUGCUCGACUACAGCUUCCAGCGCCUCGGCGUCGCCUCUCAGGGUUGUGUUGAUCAUCCAAUAAUUUUAACAGAAGCUGUUUGUAAUCCACUAUAUUCAAGACAGAUGAUGUCAGAGCUCCUUUUUGAAUGCUAUGGAGUUCCUAAAGUUUCUUAUGGAAUUGACAGUCUCUACAGUUUCUACCACAAUAAAAGAAAAAACUCACUUUCCAGUGGUCUAAUUGUUUCUUCUGGAUACCAGUGUACUCAUAUUUUACCAGUCUUAAAAGGAAGGUUGGAUGCCAAAAACUGUAAAAGAAUCAAUCUUGGAGGAAGUCAAGCAGCUGCAUACCUACAGCGUCUCCUCCAACUGAAAUAUCCUGGACAUUUAGCAGCCAUCACUCUUAGUCGGAUGGAGGAAAUCUUGCAUGAACAUAGCUACAUAGCUGAAGAUUAUGUGGAAGAAUUGCAGAAGUGGAGAUCUCCUGAAUAUUAUGAAAAUAAUGUUCAUAAGAUGCAGCUCCCCUUCUCCAGCAAGCUGCUUGGUAGCACUUUGACAUCUGAAGAGAAGCAAGAGAGACGGCAGCAGCAGCUGCGGCGGCUUCAGGAACUUAAUGCUCGACGACGAGAAGAAAAACUACAACUUGACCAAGAACGACUGGACAGACUUCUCUUUGUACAAGAACUUCUAGAAGAUGGUCAGAUGGAUCAGUUUCACAAAGCCCUGGUAGAACUGAACAUGGACUCUCCAGAAGAGCUACAAUCUUAUAUACAAAAAUUGAGUGUGUCAGUGGAACAGACUAAGCAGAAAAUUCUCCAGGCAGAAGUCAAUAUUGAAGUGGAUGUUGUAGAUACCAAACCAGAGACACCUGACUUGGAGCAGCUUGAACAAACUCUAGAAGAUGUUGAAAGCAUGAAUGAAUUUGAACCUCUUUUUUCUGAGGAAACACCUGAAGUAGAAAAGCCAGUUACUACUGUACAGCCCAUGUUUAACUUAGCAGAAUAUCAUCAGCUGUUUCUUGGUACAGAAAGAAUUCGAGCUCCAGAAAUCAUUUUCCAGCCAUCUCUCAUUGGAGAAGAACAGGCUGGGAUAGCAGAAACUAUUCAGUAUGUUUUAGACAGGUAUCCUAAAGAAAUACAGGAAGCCCUUGUCCAAAAUGUUUUCCUCACUGGUGGAAAUGUGAUGUAUCCUGGAAUGAAAUCCAGAAUUGAGAAAGAAUUGCUUGAAAUGAGACCCUUCCAAUCUUCUUUUCAGGUCCAGGUUGCUUCUAAUCCUGUAUUGGAUGCCUGGUAUGGAGCUCGAGAUUGGGCCCUAGAACAUAUGAAUCGUGAAGAAGGCUGGAUAACCAGGAAAGAUUAUGAAGAAAAAGGAGGAGAAUAUCUUAAAGAGCACAGUGCUUCAAACAUUUAUGUCCCUAUCCGGGUUCCAAAACAGACUCCGCGGACAUCAGAAGCUCAAGCUUCAAGCAAAGCAGUAGGUGCUAGCACCAGCAAUCCUUGUGAGCAAGUGUAGCGGGCACUUAGGUAUGGAGCUUCUGCCAAAACGGCAUCAAGGAAACCAGCUUCUGCCUCAGAAUCUCUGAGCAAAGUUUCAGUUGUUAGGUGAUUGUCAGCAGAUUCACUCACAGUGAGUCUGUACAAAAUUGUUUGCUGGGCAAUUUAGCCUGUUAAUCCAAGAUAAUAAAUUUUCCCUUUAGAGGGAUAAUUAGUAUAUACUUUUUGACUUUGGGGGCUACACUGAUUUUUUUCAAUGGACUCUAAAAAGAACCUUUCAGCACCUUGACAUCUUUAACCUUUUUAGACAAGAUCCUGGAAUUGUGCAGAUAUACAAAGGGAAGCAAAGAGGAUACAGUAGGAGAAAACAAAGAUGAAUGGUUCAAGCUAUAUUUUAAAAUUGUUGUAUCUAUCAUUUUUUAGUAAAAUAUAUUUUUCUU